UGUGCUUGAGCAGGAAGAGACUGCCCUGCCAACAGCCAGCCUUGGCUAUCACUCUCUCAAGAGGAAUAUGACAAACCUGAAGAUACCUGAGGAGGUAGCUACUGCUGUACAAGGGUAAAGAAGUGUGUGUUCCCAUGGAUGAUUCAAGCCUGUCCAGCAGUAUUGAUGUAGACAAAGGCUUUGCCAUCGCCUUUGUUGUUCUUCUGUUUCUGUUCCUAAUCGUGAUGAUUUUUCGGUGUGCCAAGUUGGUGAAGAACCCCUAUGAGGCCAGCUCCACAACAGCAGAACCGUCGCUGAGCUGAACUAUGAAAAAGCCUGACAGACUCCUCCUCAGGGGAGAUAUUAAAUCUUCUAUACAGGUGUUUAUGAUCUGGACUUCAUAUUGGUUCCCCUCUCUGUGUGUCAGCCUUCUCACUCUGGCAUUCCACAAUAGGCACAGGAGGGUGAGUUGAGAAUAAUAAAAAGGAUGAAACACAAGCCAGUUUAUAUUCCUAUUCAGGGAAAUGGUUACAAAGUGGGACAGAGACAGGUUGAACUCAUUGAUUAAAAUAAGGCCAUGGGUUUCAAUUCUCCAGUAUCAAAUGUCCU